AUGAAUCCAUGCGUAAACAUCAAUAAACUUGCCAUUGGAACCGCUUUCUCGCAUCCUGACGCACGGCGGAGCGAGAUGAGCACGAAGUCCGCCGCGCUGUGUUCUCUGUCUGUGCACAAGCGCCGUCGCCGUCCUCAAAAUUCACAUUCUUCUUCCUCUUGUUCUUCUUCUUCUUCUUCUUCCUCAUCAUCGUCGGCGUUCGGUAUUUUAAGAAAGGAAAGCGCAGACAGGGUAACGAAUGAAUAUCAUCGCGCUUGGUGUUGCUUGACAACAACGCGUCGUCUGUGUGCCACGUCGAGCGAUGGUGGGAAUAUUGGCGAGGAAGAUGAAGAGUUCGAGCGGUUACAAAACGUAGACGCUUUCGAGGAACUCAUUCGAAUGGCAAAAGAAAACGGGGUUGAUCCACCGGCACCAGCACCAAAAUUUAGUGCCGCUGCAGCCAUGUGCGGACCAGUUGCAACUUUAGAAGGAUCAUUCGGCGGAGAGACGACUUCGAGCGGAGGAACGACCGCAACCGCGACUAUUCCCGGUUUACCUCCAGGUUUGAAGAAGCCGCCGUGGCUGAGACAAAGAGCGCCGAGUGGAGAACGCUUUGAGUUCUUGAAAGACACCUUAGAUAAUUCGGAGUAUAAAAUUGCUACCGUGUGCGAAGAAGCCAUGUGCCCAAACGUAGGCGAGUGCUGGAAUGGGGAAACAGGAACGGCGACAAUUAUGCUCUUAGGGGACACGUGCACUCGAGGAUGUCGUUUUUGCGCGGUUAAUACGGCGAGCACACCAGCGCCACCGGAUGAUAUGGAACCCGAGAACACUGCCAAGGCUAUUGCUGCGUGGGGUGUUGGGUAUAUAGUGUUAACAUCAGUAGACAGAGACGAUAUUCCGGACGGAGGAGCGGAGCACUUUGCGAGAACCGUGCGCACGUUGAAAGAGUUAAAAUCGAGCGUUCUCGUAGAAGCAUUGACGCCUGAUUUUCAAGGUGAUUUAGACGCGGUUAAACACUUGGCAAGCUCUGGUUUAGACGUAUUUGCGCAUAAUAUUGAAACCGUGAGGCGAUUACAGCCUCGAGUUCGAGAUCCGCGCGCGAACUACGAACAGUCUUUAACCGUCUUAAAAGUGGCCAAGGAAGCAAAGGAAGGCAUGGUAACGAAGACGUCCAUUAUGCUCGGAUUAGGAGAAACGGACGACGAGAUUAAGCAAGCCAUGAAAGAUUGCAGAGAUGCCGGGGUUGAUAUAUUUACUUUAGGUCAGUAUUUACAGCCAACGCAGAAGCAUUUGACGGUGAAAGAGUUUGUAACGCCGGAGAAAUUUGAAUAUUGGAGAGAAUUUGGCGAGAAGGAAAUUGGUUUUCGCUACGUAGCCAGCGGGGCCCUCGUGCGCAGCUCAUAUAAAGCUGGUGAGUUUUUUAUCGAGACUAUGUUGCGUAAAGACCGUAGUAAAGCUAAAAACUAA